GCCGACAUCAAUUUACCGACAGACUUCUACUUUCGAGAAUGGCGGGAAAGAGAACAGAACCCUAAUCACCUUUUUCUCGAAUUCCACCAUGGCUAUAUGAUUACAGUAGUCCCCUUCGUGUCUCUUCGUUUCCUCUUCCCUCUCCUUAUAAAUUGUUCCACUCUCUUCUUCCGAGAACAACCACAGUAUCUCCUCUACAACCACAGUUAUAUUUUGAGAACAACAGCGACGAAGACUAUGCCGGUCGUUGCUGAGUACGCGAAGUCCAAUCGAUCGUCUUGUAAAUCAUGUUCGAAGAAGAUAGCUGUGAAAUCUCUUAGGUUAGGGUUGAUUAGCAAAGGACCUGGCGGGGUUGACAUGACCAGGUGGCACCAUUUCGAUUGUUUUCCGACUGAUUCGGAAUCGAUUGCUUCCGUUGAUGAUAUUCAAGGCUUAUCCGUUUUAGAGAAACAAGAUCAGGAUGCUUUGACGAAAUUGGUGGAACAAUGUGGUCAAGAACCUGCUAAAAAGACAAUCGUUUCAAAGGAUCUGAGAGUGGGGCUGGUGACUAGAGACGCCAGGGGAUUUGAUGUGACAAGCUGGCAUCACUUGGGUUGUUUUCCCAUUGAUUGGCAUCCGAUUGAUUCUGUGGAGGACGUUGGUGGAUAUUCAUCACUUGAGAAAGGUGACCAGAAGGAAUUACAGCAAUUGGCCGAACUAAGCGAGAAGGAUACUUUGAUAGAUGAUGUCCAGAAGAUGGAUGAAGGGGAGGAUGAAUCUGUAGCUGAUAAUGAGAUAACGGAGGAGACAAAAAAGGGAAAACAUUCUUCGGUUGCAAAAUUGGUGGAACAACCUGGCGAGCCUGCAAAAGAAGUCAAUGAGGAUGAAGAGAUUAAAAAUCCUGCAUCUGAUGAAAUAAGUGGGCAGAAGAUUAAGGAGACGACAGGUUCUCCUGAUUCUUCAAAAGUUAUCUCUGAGUAUGCGAAAUCAAGCAGAUCGACAUGCAAGAAGUGCUCUCAGACUAUCGCUGCAAAGGAACUGAGGUUGGGACUAGUGACCAGAAACUUCCGUGGCUUUGAUAUGACACAAUGGCAUCACGUGGGUUGUUUUCCUGUCGACUCGGAUCCAAUUGGUUCUAUAGAGGACAUUGGUGGAUUUUCAGAACUGCAGAGUGGUGAUCAGGAUGCAUUAAAGGAAUUGGUCCAACAAUGCGGGAAGAGGACUUUGGUAGAUAAGAUGGAUGAAGAUAAUGAUGAAUCUGAAGCUAAAAAUAAGCUAACUGAGGAGACAAACAAAAGAAAACAUUCCGAGGUUGGGGAGUUGAUGGAAAAAGAUGAAUCGCUAACUAAAGCGAAACAACACAUGGCUAAAACACAUAAGGUGAACAUCAGUGAGUCGACUUCUCAGGUCGAGGUUGAAACAGAAAUCUCUCUUUCAGCUUCUGAUGUGAAGGAUAAGUACAGGGAUGCCAAUCUAGUACCAAAAUGGAAAGCUUUUGAGACAGUUAUAUUCCUUGAGCGGGAUGAUGGUCUUAAUGAUUCAGAGAAAAUAGCUGCAUUUGACUUUGAUGGAUGCCUUGCAAAAACAUCUGUGAAAAUAGUAGGGGCAGAUGCAUGGUCCCUAAUGUAUCCUUCCAUUCCUGAAAAACUGCAGAGUCUGUACAAUCAAGGCUAUAAGCUGGUUAUUUUCACAAAUGAAUCCAACAUUGAUCGAUGGAAGAACAAGCGGCAAGCUGCUGUAGAUUUCGAAAAUUGGACGUCUCAACAGUUUUAUCGAGCGCGUGAAGGUCCCCAUUCAGGUGUUAUUGCCUGUGGAGUCUCAAGUUCUGUUGGUAAAGGUGGUAAAGAUGACCUAUACCGCAAACCCAAGGCUGGAAUGUGGCAACUCAUGAAGAAGCACUUUAACUCUGGAAUUGCAAUUGAUAUGGAUAAAUCCUUCUACGUUGGGGAUGCAGCCGGAAGAAAAAUGGAUCACAGCGAUGCUGACAUCAAAUUUGCAACAGGCGAGUGGGCUAAAGUUUUAUACCCCGGAGGAAUACUUUAUCCCCGCAAGGUUAUUAUACAAUCUGUAAAAGCAAAGAUUCCGCUAGCUUCUUCGGACUUAUCACGAGCAUUCCUCUUCACCUGCUUCCUCAUAUCAGCACUCUCCUUCUAUCCUCCCACCGAUGAACCUCCUCCAAGCUUCUUCUUGCUCCUCCCCGCCAAUGCCCAUUUUGCGAUGGCGAAGAGGAUCCACCUGACGGAACUAGGCUGCAUCGCGUGUGAGGAACUUAGCGAGCUCGGUGCGGGUAAAGAAGGACCCGAUCUGUCUCCGAUUGAGGCUGAGUCGAUUACGGCGAUCGAAUGGUUAGUGUUUGAUGACGUCAGAGUUGUCGUUGCAGGGACUUCUUGUGGGUAUCUCUUGGUUACUCUGUUGCCGAUGGUACACCCAAGUCGUAUCUUGAAAAUAAGAGUUCGAGGAACUAAGAAAGAUUUGAUGCAAGAGACAUCCUCUGAAGAGAUUUGCAUAGUAUUGCCUGGUAUUAUUGCCCGCUUUGAUGGCUCCAACAUUCAGAGUAUGCUUCAGAAAUGGUUUCAAGAGAAAAAUUCUAAUUUUUGGGACCAAAAGAAUAGAAAGGGAGAUCCAGAAGAUAGUGGUAGUUUUGUACCAACGACUACCGUAUCAGAUAUGGAAUGUCAACAAGAAUUGUCAAGUCAACGUUAUUAUUGUGCAGUGACCAUUGGAGAGGAUGCUGUGAUCUCAGCUAUCAGUAAUGAUCAAUCACCAAAGCGAAAGCCAGAAGCCAAGACUCAGGCAUUCGCUCGAGCAUCAUCCUUGACAUGUAUAAAGGACUACCCAAGGAAAGGCGAGAAGCUCACGUUAUCCCCUAGUGGGACGUUAGCUGCGAUAACAGAUUCUCUUGGUCGAAUACUUCUGCUCGACACUCAAGCUCUUGUAGUUGUCCGGCUAUGGAAGGGUUAUCGUGACGCAAGCUGCGUGUUCAUGGAGAUGUUAGCCAAAAAAGAUAAAGGAAAAUCUGUAAUUCACACAGAACCAGUAAAAAGUGAUUACUGUCUAUGCUUAGCCAUUCACGCUCCACGCAAAGGCAUCAUCGAGGUGUGGCAGAUGAGAACGGGGCCGCGUCUUCUUACGAUUCAAUGUGCAAAAGGUAGCAAAUUGUUGCAGCCAGCGUACAGGUUUGGAUCAAAUUCAUCGUCUCCUUACAUCCUCUUGAAGUCUUCUUACUCAAUGGAGAUUCCGGCCAAGUCUCUAUGCUCAACCGAUCUCUCUCUUAAAAACCAGAGACCAAAAGCAAAAACGUCAUGGACUUCCUCUCUUCCUCCACCAAUCAUCUUCUUCACCGUCUCUUCUUCGCCGUUCCACUCUCUCUCCGCCGUCUCCGAUCUUCACGAAACCAGAUCACGUUUUCAACCUCCUCAGUUCUCUCCUCUCUCUUCUCUUCUCCUCUCCAAAACGUCACAAAAUCCCCUACUCGCUACUUCGAAGUUCAAAAACCUCCCGUCCCAAAUCUGCCGACAGCUCAACCACCGUGUUCGUAUCGAAUUCUCCACCAUGACUUUGGCUACACUUACGCUAAACCACCGGUUCUCUCCAAUUACACUCUUCCCUCUCACUGCUCCUCUCGAGAAUUCUCCAAAAUCGUCCUCGAAUUCAAAUCCACCAGCCAAGGAAGACAAUUUGAUCGGAUUUGGUGUUUGGCUUGACGAACGAGACUCAGAUUCUCUCUGUUUAUCUUGGAAUGUGUAUAGAGCUGUUCUUGAGGUUUAUGUUUCUUUCCAUGAGAAUGAUGAGUUUUGGUAUGGAAAUCUUCCUAAUGAUUACGUUACUGCUAAUAAUCUCAGUGUUGCUGGUAAUGGACCUUUUAGAGAAGUUGUGGUUAGUCUUGACGGUGAAAUUGCUGGUGCGGUUUGGCCUUUCCCUGUUGUUUUCACCGGUGGGAUCAAUCCUUUGCUCUGGAGACCAAUCACUGCUAUUGGCUCUUUUGAUUUGCCGAGUUAUGAUAUCGAGAUCACACCGUUCUUGGGAAGUUUGUUGGAUGGGAAGACUCAUAAGGUGGGGUUUAGUGUGACAAAUGCGUUGAAUGUUUGGUAUAUCGAUGCGAAUUUGCAUCUUUGGUUGGAUCGAGAGAAGGAGAUUGUUGAAGGGAAGGUGUUGGAGUUCAGUAGAAGCUCUCUGGAGAUUAGCUCUGUCUCGGAUUUUAAAGGCUUGAAUGGAAACUUCACUACGAAAGCAAAGAGGUCGAUAACUUCGAUCGGGUUGGUCAAAUCUUCUCAUGGGGACAUUAUAACUAAUGCCAAUCAAGAAUUUAGCUACGAAAACAAGAUGGUUUUAGGUAAAGAUGGGAACAUGCAGAUCAUAGAUCAGUUGAUCCAAGCCGAUGAUCGUAUUCACGCCAAGAGAGCCUCGAGAAGCCUCUACUGCGCGAAAUCCAUCAAGAGCUUUCCUUUUUACCUCGACUCUGACUCUUUGGAGCAGCAGAAUAACACUUCUCUGGAGAUUGCGAAUGUCAAGAUGGCAAUUUAACGAGGAGAGAUCAGAGAGCGACAACGGGUUGAUAGAACAUUCAAGAGCAAGCUUGAAAACAAACAAGAAGGGCAAGGAGUAAUGGUGGUGAAGAAUAACUUAGUGGUCAAUGGAUAUGGAAGCACAAAACAAGUGUAUAAACUAUGUUGGAAGUG